GGAAUUUCAUGUGAUUAAUAGAAUGGCAGGGUUAUUAAAACCAAUUGUUUUCCUUGUGAGCAUUUUUGCCGCUGCCACCUGUUGGUUGUAUUUCUUAUCUACUCAAUUUGACAGCAAGGACUUUGUUGUACAUUUCCCUCAAAAUUUUGAAGAUUUAAAGUCUCUUUCAAGCAUGCUCAAGUCAUACCAAGAAGAUCACUUCAAGCUUGUAAUUCUCUUGUUCGUAUCAGCUUAUAUUUACAAGCAAACUUUCGCAAUACCCGGAUCUGUUUUCAUGAACAUAUUAGGUGGGGCUCUCCUAGGAACCUGGACCUCCUUUCCCCUUGUGUGUUUCCUUUCUGCAGUUGGAGCUUCUUGUUGUUACCUCUUGUCAAAAUACUUUGGUAGCCAAUUGGUCAAACGGAAAUUUCCGGAAAAAGUACGCAGCUUCCAAUCUAAAGUAAAAGAGAAUGAGGACAGAUUGUUUUUCUUCUUACUUUCAGCUCGUCUUUUCCCAAUGAGCCCUAACUGGUUUCUAAACAUUACAUCACCUAUAAUAGGAGUUCCUAUACAUUUGUUCUUUGUCUCAGUUUUUAUUGGUUUAAUGCCAUAUAACUUUAUCUGUGUACAGACAGGAUCAAUCCUAGCGUCUGUAAAAUCCAUGGAUGAUGUUUUUUCCAUGUCCACAUUCAUUGGCAUGCUACUUGUUGCUGUUGUAGCAUUACUGCCAGGUAUUCUACUAAGAUCGUAUACAAAAGUCCCACCGUCAAAAACCAAAGUCUAGUCAUUGAUAUUACACUCACUGUGUUACCAUGAUUGUCUGUAUGUGCAAUUAUUAUUUCUGUUUCAAUACUUACACCACACAUAUUGUGUUUGUUUUUACUGGGUCCUGUAAUUUUAUUUGCAUGGUAGUUCUUGUACUCCUCAAUUUUCUACUUAAAUUAUUAGACCUUUUGUGACUUUUAGUGUUGUAAUGUGAGAGGAAAA